AUGGCAACGUAUUUACCAUAUCGUCGUAGUGUCGAGAAAGAGAUAGCUCGAGAUGUUACUGUCCCCAUUUCCUGUGACGGAAUUAUACACAUAAUUGGGAGCAAGAUGUUUAAGACUAUACUCCAUGCAGUCUACUCUCCACUAGAACUCCCGUCAAAGGUGAUUACUUCCAGCGACAAGGAGAUGGUGGGCUCUAUGCUAGCUUCAUGGACAAAGAGAGGGCAGGCUGUUCUUAGUAAACUCCUAAACUCAGAAAUGCAAACAGCUAGUGUAUCUGAUACUGACAUGGUAUACCUGACCGACACUGUCAAUUCGAUUUUGCAUGGUAAUGGAUUUCAAGCACUCGCAAUUGGCACUGCUGUAGGUGAGGCAGAAGACAGUUUGUUUUCAUUUCCUAACGAACGCCAUUGCCUGAACUCUGGGUUUACCACCCAAAGACGGCACUUAUUACAACACAGACGGAGAAGCACUGUUCGCGACGCUUUUUCCAGUUUCAGAGAAAGUUUACAUAAGAUAUCUGCUCAUUCAAAAAGGAUUCACACUGAUGAUGAUGAUGAUGUAAUUCUCAACAAGGACUAUACCACAAUAUACUCUUCGUUUUCGGAGUAUCCCCAGCAGUCGAAAGUUCCAAACUUGGCCAAGAUGACGCGUCCUUCUCUAACUGUCACUGCUAAUGUUGAGGAGUCGAAACUUGAACCAGAUAAAAAUCUGAAUGAUGAGGAUGAAUUGCAGACUAGUGCUGCUGACUUGGCCAACACUGUAAACCAUGCUAUCAUGCUAUUCAAAAAGGGGUCGGCUGUAAUUUCUGCGGCUGCAACCGAGCUAGACGAUGAAGUGUUCAAGUUUCAUGGAAUAGAAGUUCCAUUUCAAUGCCAAACCUCCAAAAACAAUGGUUGUCGGCGUCUCCACCACUGA